AUGGAGUGUAACUUGCUGGGUUUGGGGUGGUGCAUGUUUUUUGCACUCGUUCUACACAGGUCGAGCUGCGCCGCGGCGAAGGAGCUACAAUGUCAGGAGAUAUCCGUGCCCUUAUGCAAAGGAAUCGGAUACAACUACACCUACAUGCCCAACCAGUUCAACCACGACACACAGGACGAGGCAGGGUUGGAGGUGCACCAGUUUUGGCCCCUGGUGGAAAUCAAGUGUUCUCCGGACCUGAAGUUCUUUCUCUGUAGCAUGUACACUCCUAUUUGCCUGGAGGACUACAAGAAGCCCCUGCCGCCUUGUCGGGGUGUCUGUGAGAGAGCCAAGGCAGGCUGUGCGCCUCUGAUGAGACAGUACGGGUUCCCGUGGCCAGACAGAAUGAGAUGCGAUUUAUUACCAGUGCAAGGUAACCAAGAUACACUAUGCAUGGACUACAACAGAAGUACGACGACUGUUUCUCCAGUGGUUGCAAAGCCCACACAUCGUCCUGUUAAACCAGUAAACCCACGAAAGAAAAAUGGACAAGGCCGUUCUAACGACCCCCGUAAACACAAACCUCCGAGUUCUCCAUGCGAACCCCAGUGUCACUGCCGCGCUCCCAUGGUUCCAGUCAGCAACAGUAAUCCUCUAUAUAACAGAGUUAAAACAGGACAGAUACUCAACUGUGCCAUGCCUUGCCACAACCCUUACUUCUCCCAAGACGAAAGGACAUUUACUGCAUUCUGGAUAGGACUAUGGUCCGUGUUAUGUUUUAUCUCUACUUUUGCAACAGUGGCAACUUUUUUAAUCGACAUGGAUCGUUUCAAAUACCCGGAGCGACCCAUUAUAUUCCUCUCUGCUUGUUACAUGUUUGUCUCGGUCGGCUACAUUGUCAGACUAAUUGCUGGACAUGAACAAGUGGCUUGUAACAUGGAGCAUGAUACCGAACACAUCCACUACGAGACCACCGGCCCUGCGCUUUGUACCAUUGUUUUUCUACUCAUCUACUUUUUCGGCAUGGCAAGUUCUAUUUGGUGGGUCAUUCUGUCUCUUACCUGGUUCCUGGCUGCGGGGAUGAAGUGGGGAAAUGAGGCCAUAGCCAGUUACUCCCAGUAUUUUCAUUUAGCUGCCUGGUUAAUACCCAGCAUGAAAUCAAUAGCUGUGUUGGCGUUGAGUUCAGUGGAUGGUGACCCUGUGGCAGGAAUAUGCUAUGUUGGCAAUCAGAAUUUGGAUAAUCUCCGGGGCUUUGUUUUGGCGCCUUUGGUUAUCUAUCUUUUCAUUGGAACUAUGUUCCUCCUGGCUGGGUUUGUGUCACUGUUCCGGAUCCGGAGUGUUAUAAAGCAAGGAGGGACGAAAACAGACAAGUUGGAGAGACUGAUGAUCAGGAUAGGUAUUUUUACAGUGCUUUACACUGUCCCCGCCACGAUUAUAGUAGCAUGUUACUUCUAUGAGCAGCACAACAGACAGAUUUGGGAAAUAACCCACAACUGUUCAUGCUUAUCGGAGCAUGAAAUGCAGAAGCCGGACUAUGCUGUGUUCAUGCUGAAAUAUUUCAUGUGCCUUUUAGUUGGCAUCACGUCCGGCGCGUGGGUCUGGUCGGGAAAAACUCUAGAAUCCUGGAGGACUUUUUGUACCCGCUGCUGCUGGGGCAGCAAGGCCACGAGCGGGUCAAUGUACAGUGACGUUAGCACGGGAUUGACGUGGAGGUCCGGUACUGCGAGCUCUGUCUCUUGUCCCAAACAGAUGCCAUUGUCACGGGUUUGAAAAGGAAGAAUGGACCACUAAUUGUGUUGGGAUUGACCAUCAGCGUGUUCCAAUUAGCACAUUAACGAGCACCUAAUGAUUUUUCUUGCACAAUGAGACCCGCAUCCAGUUUAGAACCAUAUAAUCAGAAGAAUUAGAGGCUUUGCCUAAUUUUUACGUACAAAAUGAGCUUUUCAAAGAUGAUUUGAAGUAGGCUAUGCCUUAAUGUCAUACGGGUUUCGUUGGUGCUUAAUGUAUUUAUAUAAUUAUUGAUGUACAAACAUUGUAAAUUU